AUGGCAGUUUGUGUCUGUGCUCUUUGUUUCUUGAUCGACGUGGCUAGAGGGAGGCCGAAGUGGGCAGAUCAGUUGAGGCCAGGAGUUCAAGACCAGCUUUGCCAAUUAUGGCAAAAACCAGUCUCUACUAAAAAUAUAAAAAUUGGGCACCUAGCUGCGCGCCAUGGCCGGGUUGCUGGUGUUGCUGGGCCCGCAGGCAGGGUGGGCGCCCGGGUCCGGCCUCGCGCCACCUGGCUCCUGGGCGCCACCGCCCCCUGCGCCCCGCCACCCCUGGCCCUGGCCCUGCUCCUGCUCCCACCCAGGCCAGAAGCCCGGCUGCUUCGCACAGCGCGCGGGGACUGCUGCGGCCACCAGGACCCCAGCCAGGCCACGGAGACAACAGGCAGCAGCGUCAGCUGCACAGAGGAGAAAAAGCAAAGCAAGUCACGGCAACUAAAAAAGAUUUUUCAAGAGUAUGGCCCUGUUGGCGUGUCAUUGCACAUUGGAAUCUCAUUAAUCUCCUUGGGCAUAUUUUACAUGGUUGUGUCAAGUGGUGUGGACAUGUCUGCAAUCCUGCUGAAACUCGGAUUUAAAGAGUCCCUGGUACAGUCAAAAAUGGCAGCAGGCACAAGUACCUUCAUGGUGGCCUAUGCAAUCCACAAGCUGUUUGUGCCAGUGAGAAUCAGCAUUACGCUAGUCUCUGUGCCCUUGUUUGUCAGAUAUUUUCGAAAAGUGGGAAUUUUUAAACCUCCAGCUGCAAAACGUUAAUGAACUCUUCAGUUGUACAUACUGAAAACCUACUUCUUCUAAAUUACACAAUUUGGAUUGGUUUUAGGGUUGUAGGGUUUCUUUUGGAGAGGUAGGGGGCUAAUUGCUA